AUGAGAAGUAGUUUGUUCGUGGGUUUCGUCUCGUGUAUAGUGUCCCCCGUCAGUCUAUUGUGACGUCGCCGUGCAGUAUUUUUUUUUAUUGUAUAUCGUUUUUCUCCUGUGUUCAUGUUGACUAAAGCAACAAUAACAAUAAUAAUAGUUUGCGCGUAUUAGUAUUACGAUACAGCGAAACUUUCGUUUGUUCUUUUUUUAUUGUUUGACUCGCGUUGUCAUCGGCGAAUCUUUUUCUACUCGCGGCCGUGUGGUCCUCUGUGGUCUUGGAGCGGUACGUUUCGCAGUUUGGCUUUAGUGUGUGGUGAAGUGAUCAGCAGUGUGUUACGGCAAAAGCGAAAAUUGAAAUCAUAUUUCAUAGCAGAGAAAAAUACCGUUCGCUGAAGACACCCCCUCUUCAAGCCAACAUCGCAUAAAACAGUUGAUCGGAAGAAGCAUACCUGUGCUGUGCUGUGUAGUGUUUUACGGUUGUGUGUGUGUUUUGUGUGAGAGAAAGAAGUUCAACACGUAUACCAGCGCGAUCAGCAAAGCGCAACGUUGCAAAAGUAGGAGCACUUGGAGAGAAGCCCAUAAAGCCGAAACUAUCGUCGCUGGCUGAGCCACCAGAGGAAGCCAGAGGGGUACAACCCAAUCGCACAACUACAACUCCAUAGCAUAGCGCGGAUACAUAACACCGCGGUGUGGUGUUAUUGACUCGAAGUCACAAGAAGUUGAAUAUCAACUCAUACAGCCGAGCCUCACCGAACGAAAGAAGAAUCAGUCGCAGCAGAAGAGACUCGGCUCGGCGGCCAGUUCUUAUUUGGGAAUUCCUUUGCAUACACCGUUAGCAUAGACCAAGGUGAUUGCGACUGUUCAUCUUUCAAAGAUUAACUCUAAUAGUUCGCGUUCAUGUCAAAACAUUCCGCAAACGGGAUGAUGGCGCCGUCCCCCUCCAAGAGCACUAAAACACAGCAUCCGUCGUUCAUCAUAACGGCGGAUUCGGUGGAUUCCAGUCCCGUGCCGUCCAGUCCACCUAGUACAGAUGCACCCAAAUCUCAGUGUUCCUCUUUGUCAGACGGCGAAUCGUUCGAGUGCUAUGGCGACAAUGACAUGUCAAUUUCAGAGAACGGAGGUGUAGAUCUGGAACUUGCCCCAACACUUAACUCCACACUCAUAGGAGAAAAUAAUAAUAACAAUAGCACCGGCAUCACCAGACACACAUGGAGCCGCAUGAGCUUACGGGGUGCGCCCAAAAGCCAAAAUAAUGAAAAUCUUCCAAACAGACGAUGGGGCUCAAUGAGACACUCUGGAAAAAGACAGCUGGGAUCCAAUGCCUUAGCCAAUCAUCUGUACAGAUCAUCGAGUUUCAACUCGUCCGGCCGGAGCUCAAACUGUGAUACAGCGGAAGACAUGUAUAGCGAUGUAAGUUUGGAGGACGUGCAAGACUUAAAUCAUAAGUUAGAGAUACUACAACGACAAGUGACAAAUCUGGCGGACACUCAGAACAAUGUCGAGGAUCGCACCAGCAGGACAAAGGCGGAAUACGCCGUGCUUCAGGCCCGGUACCACAUGCUGGAGGAACAAUUGCGGGAGAGUGAACUCCGGGCGGAGGAGCGUCUUGCGGAGGAGCAAAAACGGCAUCGAGAGCUGCUGGCCCGUGUCGAGCGGGAAGCGAAGCUACAAAACGAGAACUGCCAGAUCCGGAUACGAACCAUCGAGAUGGAAGCCAACCAGCUGCGGGAGGAGAUCUCCCGGUUGCGGUUACAGUGCGACAAGCAGGCAGCCGAUUUGCAUGCCACCGAGGACAAACUGGAGAAGACCAGGGACAGUCUCAUGGCGGCCCAGCAGGAACUUGCCGAGGCGAAAGCCAACGAGAAGAAACACAAAGCCGACAAGCAAGCCGCCGAGGAUUUGAUGGUUGAGCUUGGCAAGGAAUGUGAACGUCUGCGUUCGGAAAGCGGUCCCGCUCUGCCAACCACUUCGCCCGAAUCGUUGCGGCUGGAAGAACUUCACCAAGAGAUGGACGAGCUGCGACAGAAGAACAAACAGCUCGAAGAGGCGAACGAAGAGCUCCAAGCGGUAGUGUUGACAAAAGGGGUCGAGGAAGGACGUAACCUACUGAAUGGCGCAUCCAACAGUCUCGCCCAGGAGCUGGAAGCCAUGAGUCAGAAUCAGGAUACCGUUGAUUCGUCCACACUAGCGUCAUUAACACAGCUCCAAACCGCAUUCCAGGAUAAGGAAGAGGAAAACCGCCGAUUGAAGCACUACAUCGAGACAAUCCUGCUACAGGUGGUCGAGCACUAUCCCCAACUGCUCGAGGUUAAGGCUGCGUAAUCGGUAUCUUCGACUACAGGACGGACGACAUAGUAGUUAAAGAGGGCAUAGCUAACAUAGUGACGGAAACACAACUAAACCAUCCAUAAUUUAAUGCUCUAUCGAUGUCAUAGGACAUCCCCUUACUCCCCUAAAAGUCUGUCCGAUUAGAGAGAGAAAAAUACAUCGGCUACUGUUAACAACUAAAAUUUCGUCCCGUGUGCUUUUAAGACAAAACAAGUGCAAGUCCAAAAUUAACGAAGAAUUGGAUCGGUGAAGUUUACGAGAAUUCAUUUCGGUAAUUCAGAAGGAUAUACGUUAUACUGGGGAGCACAUUGUGAAUGGUACAGAAAAUACGUCUGAUAAGCAAUAUAUUUUAUAUAUAUUUAGAGUAAGGAUUUACACAUACACACAGUUUAGCGAGUAGACGAUUUGUGUUUAGCGUUUAGGCUGAUGAGAAUAUCUUUUAUAUGUGUAUUUUUAUAUAUGAAACUAUACUUUCUCAGACUACCCCUUUACCAGAACUACCGAAUCUAUCAUUUCCGGUUGUAUUUUAUGAUUGAUAACUUGAAUAUAUUUGUCGAACAGGAAUGAUCAAAUAAACAAAACAUCAACGAUCAACGAUGAUAGUUUUCAAGAACUCGUUUGAAAAUGAAAAAAUGUUUGGUCUAAACUCUGCGGCGUGAUACGGAUGUUAGCCCCAACCGAAUGCUCAAUUCAAAAACGAUUGCGCAACGCAUAAGUGAUAUGAACAGAAAGCCUUUAGUAGUUGUUGUCCCUGUUUGUUAUUCCAGUUUGUGAGUGUAUGAGUUCGAUAGGAGGAGAAAAUGAAUAAAAACAAAUCGUUGGUGCUCGAGAACCCCGUUUCACGUUGAUAUUCUAGUUCUGUUGGUUGGUUCUCUAUUGUACACAUACUUCGAAAAAGAUGUAAUAGAAAUCAUCAUUGAGAUAUGCUUUGUAAAUAUUUUUCCCUUAAUUAGGAACAAUGUAAUGUUUAGAUGAGUAGAAACUUUUGUAGCCUGAGUAAAUUUUCGGUUGGAGAAUUAUCAAAAUUAGAGAAGAAGAAGAAGAAUAAGAGAAAAAGCGGACACCAACAGACAAAGAUGACCGUUUCACUUAUGUUAUGAGUAAUUAAUUUCUUCAGAAGAAAAACAUGAGUACUUUUUUGAACUUAUAUAGGCAUCUUUCUCUUGACACAAUGUCUAACUGUUACUGAAAUUUACUAUUAUUUAACACUUUUAACCGACAAAACCAACAUACCGUUCGAACAAGAUUCUAACUGGUUAAUGGUAGGAAUAGUAUGAGAUGCAUUAAUAAUACCUAUCAUACAGUAGUACUAGUAGAAUGAAAAAAUAGAGAUGGAAACAAAAAAACAAUUUUAAAUUGGAUGCCAAAAUAGCGUUCUACUGCUAAUUGAUACUGUAUUAAUGAUGAUGAUGAAUGAAGGAAUAAACAUUUAAUAAAACUA